AUGCAAAUAGAAAUGUAUCUAAAUUAAGCAUUCACUCACGAAGAAUAUUUAAAUGAUCAUCAACUCUCACCUAAAAAUAGGAAUCAUGAAAUUUCUGAUUACUUCAGAUCAGAUGAGUUUUCAAAAUUCCACUACUUUUAGGAAGACCUAAAAUUUGUGACUAUUUCUCCUUUUAUAUAAGGAAAUAAACUUCUUUAUCAAUUUCAUGAUGCAAAACUCAAUGAUUACGAUUAUAUGAGCUAGAUCCAAGGAAGAAUUAACGCUGAGCACCAAUAUGCAAUAUAGGAUCCCGUUUAAAAUAUUAUAAUGACUCCUUUCAAUGAGCAGCAAACAAAAGAUGAACAGACCUUCAGUGAAGCUGAUUAAAAUCAAAGUAAUAAUAACUAAGAAUCUUAAGAUUCAAAAGAAGCAAGUCUCGAUGAAGAUGAAGAGGGGAUUACUAAUUUAUAAGAGUAAAAAAAGCAAAGAAGUAAUCGAAAGAGAGUAGAGGCAGAUCUAGAAAAUGUCGAUGUGGCCUCAUUAAAUGUUAUUAUAAUAUGCAAGUACUUCAACAGGCUCACUUAAUUGCUAGUAAAGGGAAAAAAAAUAAAACCUUAAAUUUCACUAUAAAAUUGCGACCGAACAGAUGUAUUACUAAAAACUAUUAUAAGAGAGAUUAGGAAAGUAUACUUGUAGUAAUUCCAGAAAGAGACAAGGUACCUCAGAGUGCAAAGAUAUAGACAUUAGAAAUAUUAUAUAGUGGCUAUAAAAUCAUUUAUUGAGUAGAAGUUAGACAUUAAUAAAGUAUCCUUAGAAGGGGAGAGUUACAAUAAUUAAGAUUUCAGGGAAGAACUUAUAUUCUUUCUAGGAUCGAUGUUCUACCCAAAGAAAAUGCUGGCAUUGUUUGAAGAUCACAGAACAAAGAAAAUUAUUGACAUGAUCAACUCGAGUUUAUAUUAAUUUACCCUGACCCGAUUUAACUUUUUAAAUAACUGGGCAGCUUUCAGAUUCCUUACUAAUCACUUUAUAGUAAACCAUAGUUUGAAAUCCCUUUAGAGAAACAAAGCUAUGGUUUUACAGAUUGAAGACUUCAAAAAGGGAUUAGAAUAUUUGUAAAAAGUUUAAGGAGGCUUCUGA